UAGCUUGACGCUGGUUCCUGGUGCGUAUGAGCUGUCAGCCACGUCACCGCCACUGACCAACUUUACUCUCAGACCUCUGCUCUCUGUGAGACGUCACAACUCGUCUGCUCGUCGUCUCUGUGGUAGAAGACUGAAGUUGUGGUUUUUGUUUCUUGUUUUUUUGAGCUAUUGUGCUCGGAAACAGAGUUUUUGUUUGUGUCUGUGAGUCUCGACACCAGUCUGUUGGGGACGCGUAGAAGGCCUGUAAAGGUGUUGUUUUCCAGUCUUUGUUGUUGAAACACGACAUAAACAACAUGAACAUCUUUCGUCUGGCGGGCGACGUGUCACAUCUGGUGGCUAUCAUCAUCCUGUUGGUGAAGAUAUGGAGGUCCAGGUCGUGUGCAGGAAUCUCGGGGAAAUCUCAGGUGCUGUUUGCACUUGUUUUCACCACCAGGUACCUUGAUUUAUUUACGGUCUUCAUCUCUCCCUACAACACGAUCAUGAAGGUGGUGUUCCUGGCUAUGUCUUAUGCCACUGUGUACCUGAUCUACAUGCGCUUCAGGAACACAUUCGAUUCAGACAAUGACACGUUCCGAGUAGAAUUCCUGUUGGUGCCGGUUAUCGGACUCUCCUUCCUGGAGAACUACGCUUUCACUCCACUGGAGAUCCUCUGGACCUUCUCCAUCUUCCUGGAGGCAGUGGCCAUAAUGCCCCAGCUCUUCAUGAUCACCAAAACCGGUGAGGCAGAGUCCAUCACCACCCACUACCUGUUCUUCCUUGGCCUCUAUCGAGCCCUCUACAUAGCCAACUGGGUGUGGCGUUACAACACAGAGGGCUUCUUUGACCAAAUUGCAGUGGUGUCUGGUGUCGUGCAGACCAUUUUCUACUGUGAUUUCUUCUACCUUUAUGUUACAAGGGUGCUUCAAGGGAGAGGGAAGAUGUCCCUGCCAAUACCCAUUUAAAAGAGAAGUCCUCGUUGUACAGCCAUUCAAUUGUGCCUGCAACAGCAUCUGAACACAGACCUUGCUGUCCAAUUGUGUUUAGCAGUGGGAUUGAAGGUCUGACUUUGCCCUCCAGACCAAAGAAAUGCAAGUCUAAAUUGAAUUUCUGUCUGACUGGUAGUUUGUGUGAAUGUUUUUGUAAGUGUGUGUAUGUGCACUGUAUGUGGAGUAUCUUUGUUUUUUAUACAUGUAUAUAGGAUGCUAAUGUGACACUUGAUGUGCACAUGGAUGUAAAAUCAGGCACGGGAGUAACACUAAGGAAACUGUGUAUUUGUCCGUAUUUUCCCCUUUGAGGUGCAAAGUGAUGAUUUGAAUUCAUGAAAAAAGUGCCUGACAUUUUUUCCUUUGCUCAGUCACGUGUGUAAUUUUAGAUUCCAUGAAGUGUGUAGAAGUGCCCAGACACUAUAGUCACCACCACAUUUGACAAACUGUAUUUUCCUGAUGAUUUACAAUAAUAAGAAAUACUGUAUUUUGUUUGUAAAUGUGUUCUCUGUAAUCGUCCACAAAGGAUCUUCUUUUUAUUUGGUUUGCAGUGAGACACUCCCUUGAAUACCUUUCUAAAUGUGCAAUCUUUUCUAUGUUUACUUUUCCUCAUUUCCAAGUAGGUUAACUUCUGGUAUUUCCAAUAUAGUUUUUUGUAGUGAAAUGUUUUGUCAUCGGAGGGCAAAGAAAGGGUUUGCACUUUUUCUCAAGCAAUAGAUAGAGCCAAAGCUGCUGAAAGGCUCCUGUAAAAUAGCAUUACAACAUCCUGAAUUUCUUUAAAAGCUUUGAUUGAUGAAAAAGGCUUUCAGAAAAUGUUACUGACAGGGAGGUGAGUGGUAAGUCAUUUCUAUGUCAUUACUUAAAUUAUAACGUGUCUUCACUCAGUUCAAAGGUGUGGUUUUGCUUUUUGUUAGCAGUCCACAUGGUGAGACAUAUACCAGGAUGUUUGCCUUCCUCUCCACUCCCCAAACACAUACACAAAUGAAAAUGCUUAUGAACUGAUCAGUGUCAGAGAAUCAUAGCGUUACAUACACGGUGUUGAGUGAGUUUUCCUUUCCCACGCAAUUGCCUGUUUGCAUAAUAAAGUGCAGUCAAGUUUC